AGUUUCCACGGUGGUGGGACUACAGACUAGGAUAACUAUGCCUGGCUCAUGAUUGCAGUUUUUUCCAAACUAAAAUUUUUUUCAAAAGCCUUUUUUAUUUUAUGUGUCUGCAUAUCUGCCGUGGGAAUGGUGGGUGCAUGAGGAAGUCAGAAGAGUAUCUGGUUCCUCUGGAACUGGAGCUGUGGACAGUUGUGGGUCAUCACCCGGGUGUCAGUAAGCAAACCCAGGUCCUCGGCAACAGCCGCGCCUGCUCCUCCCGACUGAGUCGUUUCCAGCCGCACUCCUCACCUGUUUUUGAGACUUCAAGUAUUCCACGCUGGCCUCAGGCAAGGAUAACCUUGAACUCCUGAUCUUCCUCCUGCCUCCAGCUCCCCUGUGCGGGAAUUACAGAAGAGAGAAGGACCAAGUCACACCCUGGAAGAAGCUCUGUGCCUUCAGAGGUCUUUCUGCCUGACGGUUCCUAUGGCUCUCUUCGUCUUGCUGUUCUUGCUGCCAAGUCCCUUACGUUCCCAGCCCCCUUGUGACAUCUCCCAAGUGACCAGCCUGCUGGAAGUAAACUGUGAGAACCAGAAGCUGACAGCAUUGCCCACAGACCUGCCAGCAGACACAGGCAUCCUCUUCCUGACCAAGAACAAACUGGUUACCUUCUCCACAGCCUCCGUGGCACAGUUCACUCACCUCACUCGGCUAUACCUGGAUGAAUGUGAGCUGACCAGCCUGCAGACCAGUGAGAAACUGUCCAAACUGGAGAACCUGCAUUUAUCCCACAACAGCCUGCAAAGUCUGCCCUCCCUAGGACAGGCACUGCCUGCACUCACUAUCCUUGACCUCUCCUUCAACCAGCUGGGCUCACUGUCUCCCGGUGUCCUGGAAGGCCUAAGCCAACUGCAGGAGCUCUACCUGCAGAACAAUCAUCUGAAGAGUCUGCCCCCCGGGCUCUUGGUGUCUACAACCAAUCUGAAGAAACUCAAUCUGGCCAACAACCACCUACGUGAGCUGCCCCAUGGGCUCCUAGAUGGGCUGGGAGAUCUUGACACCCUUUACCUUCAAGGGAACUGGCUUCGUACAGUUCCAAGGGGCUUCUUUGGGACCCUCUUCUUGCCAUAUGUUUUUCUUCAUGCCAACAGCUGGUACUGUGACUGUGAGAUUCUCUACCUCCGAAACUGGCUCAAGCAAAAUUCCAACAAUGUCUACUUAUGGAAGGAGGGUGUGGAUGUCAAGGCUAUGACCCCUAAUGUGGCCAGUGUACGAUGUGCCAAUUUGGGCUACGCACCUGUCUUCGCCUACCAAGGGGAGAACUGCCCUACCAGUAGUGAUAGGGAUUCCACAGACUAUGAUGAGUAUGACUCUGAAGUCUCUGAAGUACCUGCUACAAGGGCAGAGGUCAAGUUUUCUACUAACACUAAUGCCCAUACUACCCACUGGGGCCAACUCUUAGAGUUUCCUACUUCUCCAGACAGCCAAAUGCCUUCUUGGCCUCCAACCCACAAACCUACUAAAAAACAGUCCACAUCCACCCACAUACAGAUUCCAGGUCUCACCACACUCCCACAGACCACGCAGCCCAGCACACCUCUUUAUAAUCUAAAACUCAAUACUACACCUACCACCCCAAUACCUACCACUUCCACCCCAGCUACCCCAAAGACCAGCCCUACCCCAGUGCCUACCACUUCUACCCUGGCUACUCCAGAGCCCCACUCCAUACCAAUGCUUACCAGUUCUACUCCAACUAUUCCAGAGCCCACCACUUCCACCCUGGCUACCCCAGAGUCCAGCACCCACCCAGUGUCAGCUACUACCACCCUGACUACCCCGGAGCCCAGCAUCACACCAAUGCUUACCACCUCCACACCGACUAUUCCAGAAUCCACUGCUUCCUCCCUGACUACCCCAGAGCCCAGUGCUCCAGUGCCUUCCACCCCCACUCCAACUACCCCAGAGCCCAGCAGCACUACCCCAACCACUCCAGUGUUUACUGGAGUGACACUCUUCAUUACUGCCCUGGCCACCACAGAACUCACUUUACUCCCUACCCCCGAACCUAUUACAGGAAUCCCAGAAGUGAACAGCUUCAUAACUUUCCAAGAGAUGGUUCAAGCAAAUUCUAAUACUUCCAAACGUGACCCUUUUCUCAAUUCUGACUUUUGCUGCCUCCUCCCCCUGGUUUUUUAUAUUCUGGGUCUCCUCUGGCUCCUAUUUGCCUCUGUGAUACUCAUUUUGUUGCUGACCUGGAUCUGGCAUGUAAAACCACACACUCCGGACUUGGACCAAUCUGCUGCGCUGGCCACAAGCACAUACACCACAAGUCUGGAGGUGCAGAGAGGAAGGCAGGUAACUGUGCCCCGGGCCUGGCUGCUCUUCCUUCAAGGCUCACUCCCUACUUUCCGUUCUAGCCUUUUCCUAUGGGUAAGGCGUAAUGGGCAUGUUGGGCCUCUGGUAGCAGGACGGCGGCCCUCAGCUCUGAGCCAGGGUCGUGGUCAGGGCCUAUUGGGAACAGUGGGUAUUAGGUACUCAGGUCACAGUCUGUGAAGGUGACUACCUUGGAGAUCCUAAGAAGACUACUGGGAUCUAGCUGGGGUGGGAAUGAGACUGCCGCGCAGACAUUCUAUUUACUUCUUUAUCUGAAGCCCCUUUUACAUCUAGACCACACAAAUCAGAAGCGGUGAGGUGAUACAACUGGGUAAUCACAGAACCAAGCUCCCUAUGUUACUCAGAGCAUUGCCAGGUCACAUGGUCACUGCUAUGGCUUUGGGGAAGAGGUAGAAAAAGUGAAUAGAAAUGGUGCACGGCUCCCAUGUGUUCACACGUGGGAGGAAACUUGGAGCAACAUUAUCCCUAAGUAUCGUGAAUAUGUUUUCCCUGUUUAACACUUAUCUUCCACCAGUGUUAUCUGAAUAAAACUGCUUUUAAGAAAAUGUAGCUUUCUAUGAGAGACGAGAAUGGCUGAAGCACCUGUUACAAGAAUUCCCAAGGUCCUAACUGCCCCCACCCUGAUUCCAAAUACACAACAAAUCUCCAGUUGUACUUGGGGGGAGGGAGGAGGACACUUCCUCGACCUUAGUGACUCUUCUGCAGGGUUUGGGUACUCACCAGGCUACCUCAGACAACUUUAGAAUCAAGUCCCAGAGCUGAGAGGAAGUGCUAAAGCCUGCCUGCAGCUGGGUAGCAGAGGUGGGUACAUUCCUCACACUCAUGGCUUCCAAAUACAACUCUCCUCACCGGCCAGGUCAGGACUGGGAAAAGGUGUCACCCUGGUGGGUUUGACUGAAGAACCUUAGGUUUGCUGCUUUCAAAGCUGGAUGUAGCAGGACCCUUCUUUCCCCCAAAUCCACUGAUUUGCUGAUUUGGUCAUUUGCUAAUCUCACCAGUGAGGUCUUCCAUGCCUCAUCUCAGUUCAGUACAGGGCUUGGGACCCAGAUAAAGGAAGGCCGGCUCUACAGACUGCCCCUCUCCAGAUGGUUCUAGAUCUUCCUGUGAAUCUGGCUGAAUCUCCUUCCCACCUUGAACUCUUCCAGGUAGAGCACAAACCUUAGAGGUUACCCAGUAAGGACUUUUCUUCAUGAACUCUACCUACUAGUUCUGCUUCAUCUUCAUGGCACUGUGGGCUUGAACCACUGCACAAGGCUCAUGGGUCCUCUGUGCCAGCAGAGUUCCUCCUCUGAGCCUCUGCCCUCCUUCUCAACCUAUCUGACUGCUACCACGAACAAGUCUCUCCUAAUUUGGGCAGGGUGCAGUCCACAGAUAUAGCCAUUUUCAAAUGUUCCUGUCAUCAUCUUUUUUUUUUUGCUGUUUGCUUUUUUUUUUGAGACAGGGUUUCUCUGUGUAUAGCUUUGGCUGUUCUGGAACUCACUCUGUAGAUCAGUCUGGCCUCUAACUCAGAGAUCGGUCUGCCUCUGCCUCCCAAAUUGCCGGGAUUAAAGACAUGCACCACCAUUGCCCGGCCUCCCAUUAUCUCCUUACUGGACUCUAAACUCCUUAAGAAAAGGUGCAGGCUUCAAAUGUCUCCGAGCAGGCACUGCGGGUGGCCCAGGACAGUGCAGGGAAGGAUUAAGGAAAGGAGCAGCAGAGUCACCAGGAAGCUGUACUAGUAUCUUUUGUGUUGAGGCUCUGCCAAGAGGACAGCUCGCACCUGCUGCCUGCCUGUUUCUCUGGCCUGGCAUGCAGCCCUCAGGCUGCCUGGCACUCCUGGUUUGACCUUCCCAUAUCUCUUCAUGGUCCAAGAAGUUUGUAGGAUCCUUGAGGGUUUGGGAAUCAUACUUAAGAAAUAGAUGGAAAAAAAAAAUCACUUUUUCCCCAGCCAACUCAGUUUCUAGCCAUUAUUCUUUGUGUUUGACUGCGCUGCACACUCUCAAGAGCUCGGGACUGCACUCUCCAUCCCUGUGGCUCCAUCUCACAGAAGUCCAACUUAGAUUCUUUUUUCUUUUCUUUUUUUUGAUUUUUCAAGACAGGUUUGUUCUCACAGCCCUGGCUGUCGUGGAACUCACUUUGUAUACCAGGCUGGCCUUGAA